AUGGAAGGAGAGCAGCAGGGCAUUCAGUUUCAUCAAGUCCUAGUAGCCCACGGGAGGGUCAAGGAUGAGCCAAAGGUAGAUCAAGGAAAGGCACACAACAUUAGACCUAAAGAGGAACAUGAUGAAUACGUGAUGGUUGAUCUCGAUUAUGAUGAGUUGGACCAGGAGCCAUAUGAAGAAAAGGGCGUAGAGGAGGCGUGUAGUGAACCUCACCAGUUGGAAGCCCCGUCAAAUUUCCGCAUGUUUCAAGGGGUGGAUGAACUGGCUGAACUUCUGGUGCAUCACAUCGUCGAUUGA